AUGGGCCGUGUUCGCACCAAGACCGUCAAGAAGGCUUCUCGCGUCCUCGUCGAGAAGUACUACCCCAAGCUCACCCUUGACUUCCACACCAACAAGCGCAUCGCUGAUGAGGUCGCCAUCAUCCCCUCCAAGCGCCUCCGCAACAAGAUCGCCGGCUUCACCACCCACCUGAUGAAGCGCAUUCAGCGCGGUCCCGUCCGCGGUAUCUCCUUCAAGCUUCAGGAGGAGGAGCGCGAGCGCCGUGACAACUGGGUCCCCGAGCAGUCCGCCGUCAACACCGACCGUGUUGAGGUUGAUGCCGUCACCCUGAAGAUGCUUGCCGCUGUCUUCCCUGGUGAGGUCACCGGUGUUGUCAAGGCUGAGAACACCCACACCCGCCGCCGUGCCCCCAAGCGCAACUAA